ACACAUCUUACAGCGAUCAACACAGACAUGUUAUACCACAUGCUUUUGUUCUUGGUGGUUUUGCUGUUAGUGGCAGAUGCUUCCUUUGCAGCUGCCAUUUUACAAAUAGAUGAAGAACUCACCCAAACAGAGGCCACCGAGGAUGUUGAGAUAAUUCAGAAACUCAUGAAGACAAACUUUGAACAACUGGAGAAACUGAGCAACAGGUCCAGAUAUGUUGCAAGGAGCUGUAAAGAGAUCAAGGAAAGAUAUAAUGAGCAAGAAGAUGGGUUAUAUUACCUGACCACUGCUAAUGGCAUGGUCUAUCAGACUUUCUGUGAUAUGACCACUGCGGGAGGCGGCUGGACACUGGUGGCAAGUGUCCAUGAGAACAGUGUAUAUGGAAAGUGCACAGUGGGCGAUCGCUGGUCGAGCCAGCAGGGCAACAAUGCUGACCUGCCAGAUGGAGACGGGAACUGGAUGAACAGAAACACCUUUGGGGCAGUAGAGAGCGCCACCGCGGAUGAUUUUAAGAAUCCAGGUUACUAUGAUAUUUUAGCAGAAGACAUGUCUGUGUGGCACGUUCCCAACAACUUCCCACUGGAGCACUGGAACCUGGCAUCCAUCCUCCGCUACCACACUGAAAACCGCUUUCUUCGCCUGUAUGGAGGGAACCUCUUUCACCUCUUCAAGCAAUUUCCAGUGAGAUACAACAUUGGUUCUUGCAGCAACAGAGGGCCGGCUUUCCCCAUUGUGUAUGACCAUGGAGACAGAGAGUCCACCAGAAUGUUAUAUGGACCCAACACAAGAGCGCAAUUUGAACCAGGUUUCAUUACAUUCAGAGCAAUAAACAAUGAACGUGCAGCCAUGGCUAUCUGCUCUGGGGUCAAGCCGACUGGAUGUGACACUGAACAUUACUGUAUAGGAGGAGGUGGAUAUUUCUACCCUGUGCAGUGUGGGGACUUCCCAUCAUUUGACUGGGACAGAUUGGGAGGAUCGCAAGGUUGGAGCGCCUCUAAAGAAAUGACUGAGGCUGCUGUUUUACUGUUCUACCGCUGACAGGACUCUUUUGCUCAUGUAUCUUAUGGCAUGUCAGUCUAGACAACAAUCACAGUUGUGGCCAAAUAGAUUUCAGUUCAAGUGAAGUCAGAUGUAAUUGUUUAGCUCCUAAUAACAGCAUAUCUCAUGUUAUAGAGCAAAAGCCUUGUGAUUAUGCUCGUGUCCAUCAUUAACAGACCUAAUAUACAGUAAACAGUCACUUGUAGUUAAGCUGCACACCAGCAGAUGGCGUUACUGAACUGUAUAUUAAAAUAAACAUUAAAGAUUGACAGUUAUUUUGGGGCAGAUGGGACAGAGCAGGAUGAAACAAAAACAAACAAUAAAAAAAGCAAAAGAAAGCCAGGUAUAAAAGUAUUCUUCCUGUUACUGAUAUGCAAGAUGGUUGUUUUACUACACUGUGGAUAGUUCUUCUAAAUAUGGCUUUAAUGGUUCAUGAUGGUCUGAAUACAGUUCUAGAGGCUUUUCUGCAGCAGCACAAAUGAGUCUUUCUUGAAAACGGUAAAUUCUUAGAAUUUUGGGAUGCAAUAAAUGGACUGCACUUGUAUAACGCUUUUCUAGUCUUCCAGCCACUCAAAGUGCUUUUAUACGAGUCACAUUCACACACACAUUCACAAACACGUGAU